UCAAUUUUUUGGUCUUCUUCACUUCACCCCCGAUUCUCAUCGCCGCCGAGGUCUCAGCCGCGUUUGGCUCGUUUUCUCCGAUCAGUCAUGAACCAAGAAAAACUGGAUACUUCAAAUCUGUACAAGAAUCGGUUCACGAAAUGGAAACAGAAGGAGCUGGUUCUUAUAAUCUUCUACGCUAUUGCCUUCUAUGCUUACGUCAUAAAACGAUCCUUAACUCUCUCCCACGAUCACUACCAAAAGCUCUACGGUUUAGCUCCUGGUUGGCUCAUCCCUCAUCGCCCUAACGAUGUCUCUGAUGCUCAAUGGAGGAACUUUCGCGGAAAUCUGCCUAUUCUCACCUUUGUUUUCGCCAUUUUUACCCUGAUUUCAACUGGGUUGAGGUUGUUUUUUCAAUUAAGAGCAAAAGGAAUGGCUUUUCUGUGGCUUUCCUUGUCAUUUUUCUACCUGACUUACCUACAUGGAGCUUGCAUCAUUUACAUUCUCUUGAUUGCCACGGCUAAUUUUGUUCUUGUUAAGAGGUUUGCAAGAACAGUUUAUUUCCCUUUCAUACUUUGGAUUUUCAACAUAUUUUUUCUGGUGUGCAACCGCAUUUAUGAGGGAUACUCAUUUUCUAUUUUUGGGCGACAGUUUGAAUUCUUGGACAACUUUCGGGGCACAUUUAGAUGGCACAUAUGCUUCAACUUCGUUGUUCUACGAAUGAUAAGCUUUGGGUGUGAUUACCACUGGGUACAGCAUGAUUCUCGCUUUGAUCAGGAGAAGCACAUGACACGAUGUUCCUUAUGCAAAUCCGGGAAGAUUUGCUAUGUUCUUCGACAGGAGAGAAGCAUUGCAAAUGACCACUACAGCUUUCCUAUAUACCUUUGUUAUUUGCUUUAUGCGCCCCUAUAUAUCGCCGGACCAAUUAUAAGCUUCAAUGCAUUUGCUUCUCAGCUAGAUGUGCCUCAAAAUACUCAUUCAGUCAAACAUGUUGCUCGGUAUGGAUUGCGUUGGUUAUUCAGCUUUCUGCUAAUGGAACUGAUGACUCAUCUAUUCUACUACAAUGCAUUUGCAAUCAGUCGCUUGUGGAAAGAACUGUCGCCCUUGGAAAUCUUUAUAAUUGGAUAUGGAGUGUUGAACUUCAUGUGGCUAAAAUUUCUUCUGAUCUGGCGCUACUUCCGCUUCUGGUCUCUGGUUAAUGGCAUUGAGACAGUGGAAAACAUGCCUAGGUGCAUCAAUAAUUGCUACAACCUCGAAACAUUCUGGAAAAAUUGGCAUGCUUCAUUCAACAGGUGGCUGGUUAGGUAUAUGUAUAUUCCUCUCGGUGGAUCACGGAGAAAGCUUCUGAAUGUAUGGGUUGUAUUCACUUUUGUUGCUGUCUGGCAUGACUUGGAAUGGAAGCUUCUUUCAUGGGCAUGGAUUACAUGUUUAUUCUUCGUCCCGGAAAUGUUAGUAAAAUCAGCUUCGAAUGCAUUCAAGGCCGAGAGUGUUCUCGGGGAAUUCCUCUUUCGGGAACUCGCUGCGUUGUCGGGUGCCGUCACAAUCACAUCACUCAUGAUUGCAAACCUUGUGGGCUAUGUCAUUGGACCGUCCGGUCUCAAUUGGUUGGUCUCCGGAUUUCUUACGGGCGAAGGAGUACCUGUUCUUGGCGUUCUGUUCUUCAGCUUUUACUUGGCCACAAAGCUGAUGUUACACAUCAAGGAGUGGAGAAAUUAGGGUUCAUAACAACAAUUAGAGGGCCAAAAAUUUGCCGAUAAGAGCAUCGCGGUAAUCUCAUGUCGGAUGAAAGAAAUUGAUUUUGAGAAGGGUUUUGGUCAGAUUAUAACUGCAUCUGUAGUCUGUACAUUUUCUCGGUGUUACCACUCGGGUUUCUCUAUCAGAUCACCUAAUCUCAGUCU